CUAAGGGAAAUCACUCUAAAGUAAAAAAUUGACAAACAGUUGCGUGAGAAAAAAUUGAAGAAAAUGCCUGCUGACACAGAUAAGAGGGACCAAGACCUUUAUGAAAGGAUUGAGACAUUCAUAGAUGAUUUAAAACAAGGUACAAUACAAGGUUCAUUCAAUGUUGCAUAUAAGACAGUGUCUCUGAUGGUGAGAAUUAUAUCACAGACAAAAUGGAUGAAUGCAAAAGAACUGAUGGAUAUAGUAAAGACAGAGGGACAGAAAAUGAUGGCUGCCCAACCGUCUGAGUCUGCCAUAGGUAACAUGGUGCGUAGAGUACUCAAAAUCAUCAGGGAGGAAUAUGCUAGUGGUCUAAAGGGCAAAUCUGAAGAAGGUGAUCCACAAGAAUCUUUACAUAAAUUAUUAACAGCGGAGGGUCAGAUUGAUGACUUUACAUUACCUGUGCGAGACCUUAAAGCCACUGUCAUAGAGGCAACCACAGAACUCAAAACUGAACUUGAAACGAGUGGUGAUAAUAUUGCUACACAAUCUCUUGAACACAUCCAUUCUAAUGAAGUUAUAAUGACUGCAGGAAAAUCUAAAACUGUUGAAUCAUUUUUAAAGGAUGCUGCUCGUAAAAGAAAAUUUCAGGUCAUUGUUGUGGAAUGUGCUCCAUUUUAUCAUGGUCAAGAGUUAGCAGUUAGCCUAGCCAAGUCAGGAAUAGAGACUACUGUAAUUAAUGAUUCAGCUGUAUUUGCAAUAAUGUCUCGAGUCAACAAAGUUAUCAUAGGAACUCAUACAGUAAUGGCCAAUGGAGGGUUGAAGGCAAUAAAUGGAAGUCAUGCUAUAGCUCUGGCUGCUAAACAUUAUUCUGUACCGCUGGUUGUUUGUGCUGCUGUUUUCAAGUUGUCUCCAGAGUUUCUAUGUUCAGAAGAUCAGGAAGCAUUUAACAAGUUUGAGAGCCCAGAACAUGUAAUGAAAUUUUCUGAGGGUAAAAUUCUCUCACAAGUUCAAAUACAUAACCCCGUAUUUGAUUAUGUGCCUCCAGAACUUGUAACUCUCUACAUAUUUAACAUUGGAGGUACAGCACCGUCUUAUGUUUAUCGACUCCUCAGUGAGUUCUAUCAUCCUGAUGAUCAUAGCUUAUAACAUUGUGACGUUCUAGUGCCACAGAGGAAAUGGAGGAAUUGUUUUGAAUCAUGUUAGACUCAUGAUUAUCUCAAGCUUUUUGUGGAUAAAAAUAAUGAGUGUGUUAUUAGAAAAAAAAAAAGUUAUCAAUGCUAGCAUUUCAUAGUCCUGCCUGCAACAUAUGGACCUUGCAUUUUUCCCCCAGAAAAAACAGAGGUUUCUAGAACAAUGGAAGAUAUCAUGCUUAUAUCAUUUUACUGUUCACUUAUAUUUUAUGUAGAGGGCAGGCAAUUUUUUGAAUAUAGGCAAAUAUACAGGCAAAUAUUUAAUUUAAAAGUGACUUUUUUUAUGUUGCAAAAAGUGCUUUAUAGAAAAAAUGAUGAUUAAAA